GUGCUGUUCCUCCAUAGGCUCUCAGACCGGCGGCACGAGGACAUGGGUAUGGGGUGCACUCCCGCGCUGCUCCUGCUCCUGUCCGCACUGCUGCUCCCCGUCCCACUCCGAGGCCAGCCGGAGGAGGACCCGGGUGCCCCCGCGGAGAACAGGGACGUGGGCAAGGCCAUCCUGGAGAUGCUGCACAUCAACAAACUGUCGACGCCCCAUCGCGCCAGGCCACACCCCUACAUGAAGCAGGUCUACCUCUUCCUGGGGUCACAGGAGGCCCAGGACCAGGCCAGCUCUGACGGGACAAUGGUGCAAAGCUUCCGGAGCAUUAAGGCAGGCUGGAAGCACGGAACGCCGGGCUGGAUCUGGUUCAAUGUUUCGCAUCUGAAGCCCUCCGUGGUCCUGGCAGAGCUGGUCCUGCUUCGGAAGACGCUGCACCCGGAGCCUCUCAGCGUGAGCGUGACGGUACACAGCGUCUCCCUGCGCGUGGGGAACCUGACGGUCAGCGAGCCCCUGGAAGAGAAGCUGCUCACCCUGGACCGGCUGCCCCCGUCCGGCUACGACGUCUUCAACGUGACGGCGGCGCUAGCGCGUCGAGCCGACGGCGGGGCGGUGGGCUUCCAGCUGCGCUACACGGACGAGAGCGGGAGCCUGGUGCUGCACGAGGCUCUGACGCAGAGCCUGUACUGCCUGGACGCCAGUUCCCAGAGCGAGCCGCUGCUGGUGGCGUACCAGGCGCGGCGGGGCCUCCACCGGGCCGCCACUGGCGGUGCUGAAUGCUGGCAGCGGCAGCACUUCAGCGCCAGCCGCAAAAGGCACCUGCCGCCGUUGCCGUUGCCGUCGCCGCCUCCGGCUCACCAGCCCACUCGGUGCCGGCUCCACCAUCGCUACGUCGACUUCCACGCUGGCCGCCUGGCCAACUGGAUACUAGAGCCCGUGGGGUUCAGCAGCAGCUUCUGCAGAGGAACCUGUGACAUUGGAAACACAACUGAAUCCACCACAGAAGACAGGCACAAUGCAAGGCACUCAGGAGAUGGGCCUGGCUGUUUCCCACAGGAACUAUCAUCUCUGACAGUUAUGUACAGGACUGACACGGGCAACAUUGUCAUCAAGACACUCAGGAACAUGAGGGCAGAGAGCUGUGUGUGCCGACCCAGUGAUCCACGAUAAUAGCUCUAUACACGCAUGAGUGCACAGACAUGAACAUAUACAGUAGUGCACAAUUAGAAGGCAGGGAAAAUCUGAGUGGUUAAGAUAUGAUGUCAUACAAAAAGGUUAAAAGGUUUAUAAGUCAGAAAAUUCCAAAAUAAAUGUGCGUGCACGCGUGUGUUCAAAUGAAGCAUAAAUUCAGUGCUUUACACAAAUAAAAUAUGUUUAACUAUCUAUGUUUAGCCACAAGGUGGCAUGAGAGAGCAGUAUUUUGGAAUAUCCACUGAAUGACAAAAAUCCAGGCCAGUGGCAUUUCAGACGGAAUAGGAAACCUUACGUAAGUAUCACAGUAUUCAAAUCUCCACAAGCAGCAUUCCAAACGGAGGUAUAACAGCACAACGGGUACUAUAUCAUUUAAGGAAAAGAAAGUGACAUUGCUGAUAAAAAUUAAAAGGAAUUAGUCGCUUGUGCGCAUAGAAUAUAUUCGACCAGGUUGAACGUUUUACCUUGAUUCUUUUAUGUAAGUUUAAAAAAAGUUAAAUGAUUGAAUAAUAUUGCAGCUAAGAAUGUGGUGCACGGUAUCUGUAUGGGUAUUUUAAGCCUUUUGAUAUCUGCAGAGUAGGCCUACGCUAAAAUCCCCUAACUUCAUAAGAUGAAAUAAAUACAAAUAAUGUAUAUAUUGCUUGUGUUCAUGAAAAAAUAAAGAGAAACAUUAAUAAUUAAA